UUGCACUAAAAUUACCCAACUGUUUACCUUAACCUCAAAAAUGAUUCUUUAAUGUUUGUUUACACCCAAAGUAGAUGACUUGAUUGAUAUUAAAAUUUGCAUUAAAAAAACUAAUAAAAAAUUUAUCAAAAUGUUCUAUCACAUAUCUCUGGAACAUGAAAUUUUACUCCAUCCCCGUUACUUUGGACCUCAACUCCUCGAUACCGUUAAGCAAAAAUUGUACACAGAAGUUGAAGGCACGUGUACUGGAAAAUACGGAUUUGUCGUGGCUGUCACGACUAUCGAUAGUAUCGGAGCAGGUAUCAUUCAACCUGGCCAAGGUUUCGUCGUGUAUCCAGUUAAAUACAAAGCCAUCGUCUUCAGGCCAUUCAAAGGCGAAGUACUAGAUGCUGUCGUAACUCAAGUUAACAAAGUCGGAAUGUUCGCUGAAAUCGGACCUCUGUCGUGUUUUAUUUCCCACCAUUCCAUACCAACUGAUAUGCAGUUUUGUCCUAACGUAAGUCCCCCAUGUUAUAAAUCAAAAGAAGAAGACGUCGUCAUUCAAGCUGAUGAUGAAAUACGAUUGAAGAUUGUUGGUACUCGUGUUGAUGCUACAGGAAUUUUUGCUAUAGGAACACUUAUGGAUGAUUAUUUAGGACUAAAUUGCCAAUAGUAUCAGACAUUUAAUUCCAAUAACUUCUGGAGCAUUAUCAUACAAUCAAAUAUUUUUAUAAGAUUCAUGAAAUACGAUUCAAUAUAUAAACUAAAAAUAAUAAAUUAGCUCUAAACUAUUUAUUAAAAAAAAAAAAUUUACUGAUACCGAUACUGAGCUUCAAAAGAGGUACGGAAAUAAAACUCCAGAUACAAGGCGAA